UCUCACCCCGACGCUCGUGGCGGCAGGUUGUCCUCGGAUCGUCCUGUUUGCGAACGCGUGUACCCUUAAAACGAUAUCUUAUUGUCAUUUGGAACCUACAAGUUUUAAAAUGAUCGCUGCGUAUACAUGACCGAUGCGUUUCAUGUAGUAUGUUGUGUGUGAAUUUUGCGCUAAUUUCGUAGUCGUAUCAGUUUGGUGCUUGAUUGAUAAGAUGAUGAGUCUGUGGACCUUAUCUUCUGUCUUCUACUUGGUCAACUUGCUAGUGGCUGCCGAAGAGGAAGUUGGAUCUCCUCUGAGGGUAGCCCAGUGCAGAGCGAAGUGUGUCUAUACGUUUGGAAGAGCUACUGGAGGAUUUGAGUCCUGUGUCAGUGAAAAUGACUGCCUGAUGUGUUGGGAGCGAUGCCAGCAGUUGGAGUCCAACUUUGUCGUCUGGGGCGUCAUCUGCUCGAAAACGGCACUUUGCGGUAGCGGGUGUCAACUAGCCUGUCAGUUCCAUCGGGAAGGUUCAGCGCAGCGAGCCCCCGUCCUGGUCACUCAAGGUCAACAGGUGAUAUCCCGGUCAGGAUUGCAAGUCAGCUGGCCGUCCCCCGGGGGUCUGGGGUCGCCGUUCGUCUACGUGGUGAUGAGCCAAUCAGGAGGCCAGUGGAGACAACUGCUCCAGACCAUGGAUCUGACCGCUAGAGUACCAGACACCUCGCUGAGAGUGCUGGUAGUGGCUAGAGAAGGGUUGGUGACCAUCUACCGUCCGCGGGGCUCCGCCCUCCCCGCUGCUGAGGAUGUGCUGCGGCAAGUCAGUCAGGAUGCGCUGCGGACGCUGAGGCUGCCUGCGCCGCAUAUCAACACUCAGGUGUUUGCUGAGCCGAGUCAGGACCCUCUGGAUAUGCUGAAGGACAUCGAUGGCAGAUGGAACCUUCGUCAGCUGUCCCUGAUUCACCAGAAGGUCCUGGUGAUAGCCGAAGUAGCCUGGAACCCUCAAACAACUUCCUCUGUAGCGCCUGUGUACCUAGUCACUUGGGAGGUCGAUGGUGGAGGCCUCAGAGGGAACUUAUUCACUGACUCGACCGCAGUCACUCUAUCACUGUGGCCUGACACUGUCUACCAUAUACAGGUCGAACUGGUCCGCCACGACUGGAAGCACGGUGGACAGAGUGAACAGUUAGUUCUCGACACCCACACCAGGGGCGCUAGUGACUCCCUUGUACACCAGGUGUCAGUUCAUCCCUCUACUGUAGUUCAUCCCCACAUCGCUGUGAUCGCUGGGGUAGCUGCGUCACUAGCCACCUUCCUGCUAGUCCUGGGCAUAUUCACCUGGCGGUGGGGCGGUUGGACUCCGAGGACGAAAACUGUACAAGACUUCAACCAGCCUUCCCAUAUAUUCAAAGUAUACCCCCCCGCAGUGAGGCUAGGGAUGAAUGCCUCCCCCGCCCCGCUAGAGGCUAUCCCCUCAGUAUGCGGCUCAUCGUGAUGAAGCCAACCUACAACUGUACAUACGACAUAGUUCCUAACUCUUCGUGACUGCUUCAGUGUAUACUAUAGUCUGUAUGAUGGAACCUGUCUCAUAACCUCCAGUCUACUUGGGACUGACUGCCAGGGCCUUGAACCAUUGACCGGUCAGAAGAAAGGUUAGGAGACAGGUUACAUAUAGAGUAUAUACUUUCAUAGAGCUCUGUACCAGAACCUACUGAGUCCAAUAAGUUUUUAUUUUUUAUUAAUCAUUAUAAACACUGAGAACUGUCAAUUUCGUAAAAUUUGUUGUCAAAUUCAUUCUAAGGACAGUGGUUUUUAUGUCCUAACUUUGGGUCCAAAAAUUCUAGGUUCUUGCCAGAAAUCGUGUAUACUCAUUACUUCAGAUUUGGUUCAGAUGUACGUGUGUUGAUCACAUGGUUAAAACUAUUGGUGAUUUAUGGGAUUUGACCCUAGGACCUCGGGUAUCGAAGCCCGCGCUCCACCACUAGAUUGACUCCCUAAACUUAAGCAAAGUGGUGAUAACAGUUAAGAUCUAUAGUGAAACAUAUGAGUUAGGACUUUUUAUUUGUAAUAAAUUUUGGAAACAGACGAUGUUAAAAUGAAUCUCAUUCAUUUAAAUUAUGUUAUUGGACUUAGUAUUUUUUGGUGAGGAGUUAUCAAUUGCAUCUUUCGUGUAGAUGUACAAAUAUUAGACACAGGUUGAUAGUGAAUCUAUUGGUAAAGUGGUGUGUUCCAUACAUUGAAAAAUAAGUUUAAAAUAAACUCAUUGCAGUAUUGUCUAUCAUGAGUACAUUUUGUCAAGUACUAAAACAUAGUGAUUCUUUUACGUAAAUUGUAUUAAUAAUUUAAAAUAAUAAAUUUUGGUAUGUUUAAUCCUUACUGGUAUAAAAAAAACGUUCAAAAGUUCAUUAAAAUUUAAACAUUUCUUAUAUUUUUAUAGGUAACCUUUCUCUUAUGAUUACAUAAACUGUUUCUAGUAUUUAUUUUAUGUCAUCGGGUGCUCAGGCUGUAUUAGCUGAUAUAUUUUGUAAUUUUAAUCAAACGUAAAUGUAAAGAUUAGUUAAUGUAAUAAAUAAAACCACAUGUAAUUCAAUAUGGCCUCUCUGCAACUAGCGUUAAAUCAAGCUUUCCAUUUACUUUGGUGCUCUUGUUAAUUGAUGGUACUUAAAUAGUUUACAAUCAAUAUAAUUGAUGUUCCAAAUAUUAAAUUAUAGGCUUUUAUGAAAUGAUUACUUUGCAUAAGAGCGCAUUGAAUGUAAUUACCCAUAUUAGUUAUCUCUAUCAUAACUGUUAGUGGGGUAAAGGCCACGCCAAAUGCAGAAUAUGUUAUUUAUUUGGGUUUAUUGGUUUUGCUAAUUGUAACGGGAUCUAAGUGCAAAAUACAAAUUCCGAAUAAUUUCUGUAAAUAUAAAAAGCUAAACUCGAAGGUAAUUUGAGUUACUGAAUGUUUUAGUUGCUUAAAUACAUUGAUUAUGUGUCUCCAAUUUCUCUACAAUUUUAAUUCAAUAAGUCAUUCAACUACUAUUAAUGUUUUGUUAUAUUUAUGUAAUGUAAAUUAAUUUGUUUUAUUUAUGUCCAACUAGUCAUAUACGAAGACUGAGUGUUUCCUUGUUUAUCUAAUUGUAGAUAUUGUACAAAGUCUGUAAGGGCUACCUACUUGUAACCUAGUGUAAAUAGUCGAUUUGUAAUAAUAUUUAAUGUGACUGUAAAUAUAUGUUUAUGAAUUUUUA